GUGCAGAUAAAUGCCCCUGGAUAAGGGAGAGACUGGAGGAUACAGAGCCUUUAGGCUUUUGUUAAUGAGUUUUUUUGGAUCUGGGUCUGAAUUGAUUUGAUUAUUUAUUUUUCUUGGUAUAUUUUUGUACCACACAUUUUUCUGGAUUGAAGUGGGCUGGAUGUCUUCAAGCUCAUUGGGUAUAGAGAUCCUCUGCAUUUGCAGGCUUAGAAGGAGGUAAGUCACUGUUUCAAGCCAUUUAAGAUGAGGUGUAUAUGAGUUUUAUGUGAUGUUGAGCCAUUCCCUGAUCUGUGAAGCUGUUUUGGUAGAUGAAGUUAGUUUCAGUUUGUUGUUUGUGUUUGGAUGCAAGCAGACAUCCCAUGGGAAGAGCUGUAAGUGGGUGUAUGUAAGGUGGAUAAGAGGAGAAUAUAAUAUAUAUUGAGAGAGUAUUGGUAAGAGUUGGCUUUUUGGGUGGAGUUGGGGAACUUUUCUAUGCUGAGCAGAUCAAGUAGGAAGCAGAGUAUUGUAUUAGGAGGCUCUGAUUUUGUCAAUAUUGGGUGGAGUGGACUGUUCAAUGUUUGUUUUCUGGUGGAGAGGAGCACUGUUCAAUAAAAUUAUACUAAAAGUUAUGUGUGAGGAUUGGAAGCUCAAGUUAUAUGGGUUCUUGUGGUGCAAGAUUUGACAGUAAAUGGCAGGCAUACAUAUAUCAGUUCGUUUUAUGGUUGGGUUGAUAUAAUGAUUAUGUUGGUUUCCAAUAAUCAAUCCAGCUGGUGAUCAAUAGGGUUGCUGUCCGCAUCUUUGGUACACGGUAUAUCUGCUUUUUGAUAACAGUGAUGGAAGGACUGUGAGAUCAACACUAUUGAAGUUAUUGGAAAAGGGCAGUUUUUGUUUUUAUACAGAAUAAAUCAUCUUAACAAUGUGAGUUUGGGAAGCCAUGGAUCUUCGAUUAUCAAUCAGAUAGGGUUACAGAAGAUAUCGAUUAUAGCAGUACAUGUUUGAUUCUUUGUACCAGAUCCUGACUUCUAUGCUUCCAAUAUCCAAAGAGCAAUCUAUUUGUUGCAGUUCCAUGAACCUAUAAUUUAAGAUCUGAAGUUUGUCAAAUUGUUUUUUUGGCAUCCAUGAAAUUAGUUUAUUGAGUACAACUUUGGGUUCUGGUUUUUUGCAGGUACUGGAUGUGAAAUGGAUAUAUAUGAAGCAACAAGGAUUGUGUUUUCAAAGAUACAGAGCGUGGAUCCAGAAAAUGUGUCCAAAAUCAUUGGUUAUCUCCUGCUGCAGGACAAUGGAGAUAGGGAAAUGAUCCGGUUAGCCUUUGGGCCUGAUAGUUUGAUUCACUCUGUUAUCUCCAAGGCCAAGAAGGAACUUGGCAUGCAAGUUUCUUCAUCAUCCUCUUCACAACUGCUAUCCCCUUAUGCUAUGGAGUCCCCAGUACAGUUUGCUCCAUUUUCUCACAUACCAUCUCGUCCUUUCUCUGCAGUUUCGCCCCAAACAGUAUACUGGGAUUCUCAAGCCCAUCAAGAGACACCAUUAAGUUCACAUUUUGCAGUACCCAUUGAGCAGAAUGCGCUCAAUUUUAUUAACAGGAAUCCCUUACAAGCUCAAUUUUUUGGCAGUGAUAAACUGCAGCAGCAUUCCAUGGUCUUAACAGAACAACCAAGCAGUAUCAGAGAUUACACCAAUAACUUCCAGCCGCAGGAUCAACAACUCCCCUUGUUUGAGAAUGACAGUUACAAUUACCCAGAGAUGCAACUAGCCUCAGGUGAAUUGGGUAUGGAUUUUUUAAGUAAAAGGGUCAGCCUUCCAAUUUCUGAUGUUAAGCCAUGCCUGUAUUUUGCCCGUGGAUACUGCAAACAUGGCAGCAAUUGCCGUUUUUCUCAUGGCUUUGAAAACCAUCUUACAGUCUCCAUGGGUAGCAGCCCCUCGGAAUCAUUGAAUGAAGAACCAAUCUCAGCUGGAACAUUGGAGAGAUUGGAAAUUGAAUUGCUGGACUUACUCAGAGGGAAGAGGGCACCCAUUUCCAUUGCUUCGUUGCCUCAACUCUACUAUGAAAGAUUUGGGAAAACUCUGCAAGCUGAAGGCUACCUGACUGAAUCUCAGAGGCAUGGCAAAGCUGGUUACAGUUUAACAAAGCUCUUGGCACGCUUGAAGACUAUAAGACUCAUUGAUCGGCCCCAUGGUCAGCAUGCUGUUGUUUUAGCAGAGGAUGCUCCCAGGUUUACAGAGUACAGAGGUGAACGAAAUGAAAUAGCUGGCUUGAUUGCAGGAUCUCGCCAAAUUUAUUUGACUUUCCCUGCUGAAAGCACCUUCACAGAGGAAGAUGUAUCAAAUUAUUUCAGGACUUAUGGGCCUGUACAUGAUGUGAGAAUACCCUACCAGCAGAAGAGAAUGUUUGGAUUUGUAACAUUUGUAUUUCCAGAGACUGUGAAAACCAUCCUGGCAAAAGGAAAUCCCCAUUAUGUAUGUGGUGCUCGUGUUCUUGUCAAACCCUAUCGAGAAAAGGGCAAGCAUGGGGACAGAAGAUAUACAACUGAGAAACCUGAUCACACAAAAUACAUGCCAGCAGCCUAUAAUCUAGAUGACUUUGAACUUCAACUUGGGCCUAGAAUAAUUGGUACUUCCGACAUGAUAAGAACUCAAUUUCUUCUAGAGGAGCAAGAGCAGAUACUUGAAAUAGAAAGAAGGCGGCUGGCAGAGUUACAUUUGAUGAACCAAGCCUCUAAAUUAGCUAGUAAUAAUAACAACAAUAGUUCUAAUCUCAUUGUGAACCAGCACCACCACAAUCACCACCAAAAUGACUUGGAGUCUAAUGCAGCCACAACACCAGCAGAAGAUCUGAUUGGCCUUCCAUCCGCAGAACAAUUCAGCUAUCUGCUUGAAGUCUUGAACAGCGAGUCUAUCAAUGGAGAUAAGCCAAAACAAAACGGCAAUGACCAAGAAAGCCAUGGGCACAACCUUCCAGAGAGCCCUUUUGCGACGCCACGUGGAUCAUAUGCAGCCAAUGACAUAUCCACUGUUACAUAGCAAAAAGGCUGUUGCAGACAAAAUUGCAAAUACACAAUUAUUAUACUUGGCAUGGCCAUCUCAAAAGUGGCACCACAAUCCAAACAAACAAACAAAAAAGGGUGCAGAUGCCCAACAACAUUACAUUCAAGUGGACUCCGUGGAUCCCCAAGUGGCUUGGGAAUAUGUGAUCAAAGUAAAGUAGAAAGAAAAAGAAGGGGUAAAACAAAAGACCACACUGUUUCUCCACAUUAUUAAUAUUGUUAUUUUUAUAAUAGAAACAAAGCACCAAGGUCAAUAAUAAUAUUAUAAGCAAAAAGAAUAUGGAAGCAUGAAGCAAGAGCUUCAUUCACUUCCCAGUACAGUACAGGCUCAUCAUCAUCAUCAUUAUUAUAGAAAUAGAUAGAUAGCAAAUCCAUCAAAAUUGUAGCAGAAAUGAUAGGUGAAGAAGAAGAAUCAUGAAUCAUCAUGAAUUACAAACAUAUGGUAUACAGGAACAUUGGAGGAGCCCUUAUUGCAUUUCUGGCUCCCACAUCAUUUGUUAAAAAAUAUCUCUUAUCAAUGGAAGUCAAGAAGAUUUUCAUACUUUUUUUAAA